CUGCCAUAUAUGUAACACAAUCGCGGAGUAAGAUAGUCUGCAGAGGAACCGCAAAACUGGAUCCGAAUACUCAGCGAUCCCGGACGGUGUACCACGAAUGUGGCUUGGAGUGGUCCUGGCAAUGUGAGAAGAAGGCAUUGUCGUCAUAAAAGCCUCGGCCUUCGAUGUGGGGUGUCAUAAUGCAAACAGGACACUUUCACAACAAACGAGACUCUGACGUCCAUGCUUGAACCAAAGCCACGCCAAGGGUUGGAAAGAUACUUCUUCGGUCCUCGGGAUACUGCCAGACAUUCAAAAUGGCCACAUGCUCUGCGUAUGCACGGUAGCGUCACUCCAAAGAUCCUCUUACGAGUGACUGCCGUAGGUGCUUGGGCUGCCUUAAUCAGUGUGUCAUCCGGGGAGGUCUACCUAAUCAACGUACAUCCCAUCGUUACAACACGGCUUGGUAUACUUGUCGGGUUGGCACUCAAAGUUCGCAGUUCAUCCGCAUACAAUCGCUACACGGAGGGAAGAAAAUGCUGGAGCAAGCUCAUCGGUAUUUCAACAAGCCUCGCACGCAACAUAUGGAUCCAUGUCGAAGAGCAGGAAGGCGACAUGGAGAAGCAAGACCUCCUUGCCAAAGUCACAUCCUUGAACAUGAUAAUCGCUUUCGCCGUAGCCUUCAAGCACAGAAUCCGAUUCGAGCCCUACAUCCAGCAUUCAGACCUAUACAACCUGGUCAUCCACAUGGACACGCUCGCUAAAUCCGCAGGGACACCGACCGUACAAGAGAAGAAGCCAGGAACUGAAACGCGCAACACGUCCCUUCGGCAACCCUCCCCUUGGAAAUCCUAUAACACAUGUACGCCUUCAUCACAACGCCGCAAACGGCGGUAUACUCAGAACAGGAAGCAUGGAAUCCAAGAUUCUCGACAGUCUGCGCGCCCUCGACUACAUCCUCAUCACAUCAGACCACAUCUUGAACACGCCCUUGCCCAUCGCCACAUCUCAGAUCACGUGACUCUUUUUGUCGUCUGUCUGCCAUUCCAACUUGUCCACUUGAUGGGCUCCACAAGCAUCCCCCGUGAUCGUGCUCUCUGUAUACAUAAUACUGGAGUUCUCCGCGAUCGGAAACGGGAUUGAAAAUCCCUUUGGUCUCGAAGUCAACGAUCUGCCUCUGGAAAUCUACUGCGCGCAAAUUGCUUCCGAGAUAGCCAUCAUCUCCGCAUAACUAUCGCCCAAGUUGAACGACUGCGUAACACACACCGGCAACAACCCCCACUACCGAGUCAGCACCUUACCCGCGCACUUCUG